UCCCUCAGACACAGCGGAUCACCGAUCCACAGAAAGAGCCGAAGAUGUCGGCUCGGUCAUGUGAUCAGCUGUGUCCAAUCACAGCUGAUCACAUGGGACAUGUACACUGAUCAUCAGGGCACUGAUGAUCAAUGUGCCCUGAUGAUCAGUGUAGCGCCAGCAGUGCCACCUGUCAGUGUCCAUCAGUGCCAUGUGCCAGUGCCCAUCAGUGCCUACCAGUGCACAUCAAUGCCACAUAUCAGUGCCCAUCUGAGCUGCCUUUCAGUGUCACCAAUUAGUGCCACCUAUCAAUGCCAGUGGCAGCCUAUCAGUGCCGCCUAUCUGUGCCAGUCAGUGCCACCUAACAUUGCCAGUCAGUGCCGCCUAUCAGUGCCCAUCAGU